GAUGAAGAAUCAGCCGCCCCUCACAUCACCGGAUGGACACCAUGUCAGGAAAACCUCGGAGGGAAAUCCUAUUUUUUCUCCAGAUACUGAUGCGGAAAAUAAUGAGAUUACUGAAUAUUCUUCGGAAGUAAACCAAAUACCCAAGGAGUCUUCUCUAAUCCACGAAGGAUUUCCCACAGGAGAGAGUUCAUUAUCUUGUUUGGAGUGCGGGAAAUAUUUUAAGAUGAAAUCUGAACUACUUCUACAUCUCAAAACUCACCCCAGUGUGACCUUUUCAUCUUUAGAGUGCGGGAAAGUUUUCUCUAAGGAAAGCAAACUUCUUACACACCAGAAAAGUCACAAGGGUAAGAAGAAUCCUAAUUCAUGUGCAGAGUGCGGGAAACGCUUCAAUUUCAAAUCACAGCUUCUUAUACACCAGAGAAGUCACACAGGUGAGCGUCCAUAUUCAUGCUCAGAGUGCGGGAAAGGUUUCUCUAGCAAGGUAUACCUCGUCAUACACCAGAGAAUUCACACAGGUGAGCGCCCCUAUGCGUGUUCAGAGUGCGAGAAACAUUUCACCAGCAAAGCAAACCUCGUUUUACACCAGAGAAUUCACACAGGUGAGCAGCUACAUUCGUGUUUAGAGUGCGGGAAAAGUUUCAUUCUUAAAACACAUUUUCUUGCACACCAGAGAAGUCACACAGGUGAGCGUCCAUAUUUAUGCUCAGAGUGCGGGAAAGGUUUCUCUAGCAAUGAAUACCUCGUCAUACACCAGAGAAUUCACACAGGUGAAUGUCCAUUUUCAUGUUCAGAGUGCGGGAAAAGUUUCAAGAGCAAGGCAUACUUCCAUACACACCAGAAAAUUCACACUGGCGGGCAUUCGUAUUCAUGUUCAGAGUGUGGAAAACAUUUCACUACCAAAGGAAACCUUCUUUUUCACCAGAACAUUCACACAGGUAAACGUCCAUAUUCAUGUUCAGAGUGUGGAAAAUGUUUCACUUUUAAAGCAAGUCUUGACGCACACCAGAAAAGUCACACAGGUGAACGUUCAUUUUCAUGUUCCGAGUGCGGAAAACGUUUCAAGAGCAAGGCAUACCUCAUUACGCACCAGAAAAAUCACAGUGACAAGCAUUCGUAUUCAUGUUCACAGUGUGGGAAAACAUUUUCUGAUCAAGUAACAUUUAUUAAACACGACAUCAUUCACACAGGAGAACGUUCGUAUUCAUGCUUAGAGUGCGGGAAAUGUUUCACUCAGAUAGUAGACUUUCUUGAUCACCAGAAAACUCACACAGGUCAGCGUCCUUAUUCAUGCUCAGAAUGUGGGAAAUCUUUUGCUUACAAAGACCACCUUCGUAGACACCAUUCCGUUCACACAGGUGAGUAUUCAUUCUCCUGUUCAGAGUGCGGGAAAGGUUUUGUUUCGAAAGGGCAUCUUCUUUUACACCAGAGAAGGCACACAGGGGAGCGACCUUAUUCUUGUUCAGAGUGCGGGAAAUGUUUUAUUGAUAAAAGAGCCCUUCUUCUACAUCAGAAAACUCACACAGGAGAGCGUCCGUAUUCAUGUCCAGAGUGCAGGAAAGAUUUCGCUCAAAAAGGAUACUUUCGUAAUCACCUGAAAACUCACACAGGAGAGCGUCCGUAUUCAUGUCCGGAGUGCGGGAAAUGUUUCAUUAUUAAAGCACACCUUCGUAAUCACCAGAAAACUCACACAGGUGAGAAACCUUAUUCAUGUUCAGAGUGCGGGAAAUCUUUUGCUGACAAAGGCAAUCUUCGUAGACACCAGUUAACUCACACAGGGGAGUAUCCAUUUUCAUGUUCAGAGUGCGGGAAAGGUUAUAUUGAUAAAGCAGCCCUUCUUUCACACCAUUUCAUUCACACAGGUGAGAAACCUUAUUCAUGUCCUGAGUGCGGGAAAUGUUAUAGCAACAAAGGAAAUUUUGUUAGACACCAGAAAACUCACAUGGGUGGUGAGCGACCUUAUUCAUGUUUAGAGUGCGGGAAACGUUUCACUCAGAAAGCACACUUGAUUAUGCACCAGAGGAGUCACACAGGUGAGCGUCCUUAUUCAUGUUUAGAGUGCGGGAAAUGUUUCGCUCAGAAAUCAGCCCUCGUUGUACACCAUAAAUCUCACAAAGAGAAGAUUCCUUUUCCAUGUUCAGAGUGCGGAAAAACUUUCGCUCAUAAAGGACAUCUAUUUAACCAUCAGAAAUCACACACCCGCUAAAUCCACUGACCAAUGUACGGCAAUGUUUUUCACAAAAUGAUUUGUAGGGUUCAAUGAAGAAAUGUAAGCUUUUUUUUUUUUAGUUUUUAAGGUGGUACAACUCUGUAAAAGUGGCAUGGCGGGUGUCUGGUUUGCUUAGACAUCUCGUGGCUUCUUCUAUUUCUUGGACCCUCCGGUUGGGAUCUCGGCCCCCCACAGUUCCUGGUUCUGUUCACACCUCGGGGGCGUGAAGGAGAUCAUAGGCUUCUCUAAUCUGCCAUGGUGACUCCGUCUUCUACAAUAAUUAUUCUCUUCUAUGUUCUAUAUACUGUGGGCCAGAUUCAGGUAGAAUCGGCUUACUCUGCGGCGGCGCAACGUAUUACAUUU